UCCUACGAUGAAGACGCUGAUUUUAAUCUUAGUACUAGCAUCAGCUGCAUCUGCAGACCUCCGUGCCUAUAGUCUUCCCAUCCCAACUGGGCCAUCCGUUGACUUUGGUGGCUGUAGUGGUGGACAGGUACGCCAUGCCGAUGGUAGAUGCGUAACUCCACGCGAAAAUCGACGUGUGUUUCUGUAUGAAGUCCCUCCUAACACAGUUUUCUCUAGCGCUCCAACAAAUAUCCCUGAACCAACAGUGGACACAAAUAUCCUACUCAUCCGAACUCCACACGGAUUCCUCGGACCAGAUCCCGUUGUCGUACCUCCUCCAAGACAGCAGCAUGUCGUGUAUGUCCUUAACGAACAAUCAGAAUAUGGCCAGAGGGUAAUCGAAGUCACGGCCCCACCUCCAGCCAACCCCGAGGUGUAUUUCGUGAACUACGCUGAAGGAGAGAACCCAACCCUUCCCAGCGGAGUAGAUCUUCAGAGUGCAUUGAGUGCAGCUUCUCAGGGAGAUGGCCAAAUAAUCGGAGACAGCAGCAAUAGUGGUGUUGUCAAAAGUGGCGGUACUGGUGGCACAAGCGCGGAUGGAGGUGGAGACUUAGGAGGCAGCACCAGUUUAGGAGAAAUAAGCACUUUUGGAGGAACUGGUCCUUUCGGAACGAACAGUGGAAUUAGUGGAGGAAACCCAGGCCAUGGAAGCAUCGGUGGAACAUAUACUCCGUUCCCGCCCACGAACCUGUACACUGCACCAUAAAAUCUGUUUGCGAAUUACGCUCACACUUAAGCAUGAAACUUCAAUGUCAUAGUUGGUGCUUUUGUAACAAUUUCAGGUUUUUAACGGUUAUCCGGCCAUUUCUGACAGAUAUAAACUGUAUUCCAGAAUGUUAUUUUGUUGCUUUUAAGAUUUUUUACAAUCAUUAUAUAUGGAUUAGAUAUCGUUAAAAUGUUGUUUGAUAUUCAAUUACAAAAAAGGAACUUCUAUUCAUUACAAAUACAUUGUGAAAGAUUUAUUUUCAUUUUUUUUAUGCACAAAUUUCGAAUAAAACAGUGACACUA